AUGAUGUUAUUCUUCAAGGUUGGCGGACAGCUGGGGUCCUCCAAGGAGUUCUUAGUGCUGGUCGGGGGUGGGGGCGGGUCCCGGAAGCUGCCGGCGGGGCCCGCUCGUUUACACCUGCAGGGAAGAAGAUUUGCACUUACCAGCGGGGUGCCGCCGCGUCUGCUGGGCUUGUGGGAAUUGGCGCAUUUAAGGCGAUAUGGAGUGGUGGAAGGCAGAUUUUGCUUCGAAGGGGGCUCUCAUUGUGGCAAAGGUGAAGGCCUUCAUUUGCUCAUCACUGACCAAGCUCAAGACAUCACCGAUGCAUUCGACAUGGCUGCCCGGGGAAACCUAUCAGCUCCAAAAACACCGGUUUCUAGAAAAAGUACAGAUAGAGGAAGCAAAUCUAGGCCGACCACCCGAAUGUCAGAUGUUAACACAAUAGAUCAAUCUAGAGCAGAAACUGCAAGCGGCUUAUACGAGGAAAACUUCUUUGGUGAAGACCGAGAAGGGAUAUCCCCUUUCUGGCCAUCAGACGAAAGACGAGAUUUUGAUGACCAUGACAUGAAAUGUAUGAAUGACGUAGAAAUAGGCACAAGACCGCCUUGGAAUGGAGCAGAUCACGUCACUUUAGAAAGAUGCAACAACUGUCUUACCAAACUAGGAGCUAUGUCUAGGUCUUCAACAGUAGCCCUCACACCUACAGCGCACUUUAACCCAGCAUGGACCAUGGAAGCUGUUCCCGAAAGUAGCUCUGAUAAUUCUUCUAAUAGUACUGAAUAUUUAACUCCAAGGGCCAUCAGGAAAACUUUAGAGGCAUGUCAUUGUAAGGAAAAGCCUCCGCUUAGACCUCCAAAACCUUCACACAUGGAACAAAAGAAACUACCGGCUCAAUUACCGGUUAAUGAAUGCCAAUGUUUGUCCAACGACAAUUAUUUGAAUAACCCAAAAGUGGGUCCUUACGAAAAUUAUGACGUUCCAAAAACGACACAUACAGAAGUUGAAAAUACUGAAUACUAUGACACCCCUAAAAGAAUAAAACAAGCAUUAGCAGAUGACCUAUUUCAAGUUGCUGAUAAAUCUGGACCUGGAUCUUUGGUACUAAAAAAGAAUUGCGGCUGCAUAUUAAAAUUUGGAUCAAGAAAAAAACCCGUUAUAGUUGAAUGUGAAGAAAGUCUACAACCCGUUGAAUGUCCAUGUCAAAAAGUCACAAACUGGGCAAAUAAUUUAAUAAGUCUUCCUUAUUGCAAAAAAAGUGUUAAUAGUGAGGUAAACACGGAAGUUCUUACUAGCAAAAAGUCGGAAGAGAUGGCAAUAUAUGCAACGGUAGAUGUUUCACGAAAAACAAAUAGACAAAGCGGAGCUGCGGAUAAGUUACCGAUGCUAGAAGUUAUAAAUGAUACAGAAUAUACCAAUUACCAAAACAUUGAACCAAAUAAUGAAAAAGACUUCGACGGACCAUACGCGAAUUACGAAAAUCUUGAGUUCGCUUUAUCUCUUGAAUAUUACGAAAAUGCCAAAGACCUUUUGAAAAAAGCUGGUGUGACACAAAGUGAACUUGAUGCGCUUAGUGCUAAUAUAGAAUUAGAAACCAUCCACCUUCCAAAAAAAGUUCGACAUUGUGGAAAAUGUGGACAUGCACCAAAUGAAACAUCAAAGAAUAAUGAAACAGUCAAAAAUAAAACAGACGAGUAUUUAUUAAUGGAGCCAUCGCCAGAUAGAGCAUCAAGCAGUCGUGUACUAGGGCCUAAUCCAGGAUAUACUCCUAUGUCACCAAAUCCUAACUGGUCACAAAGUUUGAAGCAUCCCAUCCACAAAAUGCACCGUGUAGAGAUAGAAAAAUCUUUGAGCAUACCCACUUUGAAUGGCAGUGCAAAUAGAACACAAAGUUUCGACACAACGGUAGCAGGAAAUAAAGAAGCAAUACAAAAGCGCUCUAAUUCCGUAGACUCAGCAAGGAUUCUCGAAGACUUAAAAGAAUUUGAUAGCAGCAUAGGAAGCCACGCGACAUCUUCAUCUCUAGAAACACUCAGAAAUUUGGCUAUAGAAAAUAGGAGGUCUUCAUCACCUUGUGACAAUGAAAGGGAGUGCUAUGAUUGUUGCAAAUCGUCGGGCUCUGAACAUAAAACGUCAGAAGAAAAUUCUAUGAAAGAAGUCCCCCAUUUGAGAAAUAAACUAAUGGAUAAUGCACAAAUUAAAAGGUCCUCCAGUGUGCCAUGUAAAGGAGGUAAUAGGGAUUCUUCCAGUUCCAAUGAUUCAGGAGUUUCAAGUUGCUCUAUGAAACAUGGUGGCGCUGAAUACAAUGAGUUUGAAAUGCCACUAACGUCUGCCCAUUCCCGACAACAGUAUAUGAUACAGAGAAGAAUGCGAGGCCAUGCUAUUGGAUGUCUUCACUCGUCUUUGCCUAGGAAAUCAAAAUCUUCAGAUCCAUUGAGAGAUCUCUCAAUGCAACUUCAUAAAGCGAAUGUUCCUGCGAAGUCAUCUUCAGCUGAAGCGGAGGUGCCAGUAUUACCACCGAAACAAUUUAAAGGAGUCAUGGACACGCACAGCACUUCUAGUGGCACGUCAGAUAUGUCUGAUUAUAUUGAAACUCUGUCUAUGACAUCAUCACAUUCGUCUUCAGAUACUCCAACAGGACUGAGGCUGAGCCGUCAACCCACGAGCACUCUUCGUCCCCGAUCUGGCAAGGAGUAUCAUAAUAUGGACCCCAUCCUAACGUCAAUGUACAAAAGCGGAAAAGAACUUGCCAAUUACACUAACUUACCUUAAACUAAGAUAUCCAUUAAAGUACUUACAGACUUGGUGUAACCCUUAAAAUUCUAAUUUAUGGUAUGUUUCCAAAACUUUAUUCUAUACUUAAAUUAAUUUAAACGUUUCUGAAGGCAAAUCGAGAAAGUUGAAAAAGUAAUUUAUCACAAAAGCUAUCAAUAAGAUCAAGUUUUAUUGAAGACUUGCUAUACGGAUCUCAUUUUAAAGCUCAAUUUUCUGGUGAAGGCAUUACAGCCAUUUCGUCAUUCAGUAAAAAAAAAAAUAUAUGAGAAAUUACUUUGCAAUUCGUAAAAGUCGAUUUAAAUCAUUUUGAAUUCGCUGUCGGUCGUAAAUUAUGUGAUAUCAAUAUUGGUUUCCAUUAUUGCAGCUGGAAUCAGAUACAUGAUUUUCAUGAUGCUUUAUUAUUUAUUGUAACCACUUAUUGUUUCAAUGUGAAUUGUUAUUUAAUAACUCCUAAGUUAACUUUAUAUUCAAUUUUAUUUAACAUUGUUACUUUAGUUUUAUUGAACUAUAAGACUGAAAUUUUUACACUUAUUUUUCGUAACAACAGCACUUUUAUUUUGCAAAUCGAAUUUAAUCUAGUCAAGAUACCAAAUGAUGAUGAUAUAGCAAUUAAAUGUAAAAAUAAAUGUAUUAGAUUAUCUGUUAAAAUGUAUAGUUGUAAAAAGUUUUGGGUAUAAUUAAACAACGAUUACUAAGCAGUUUAUAGUCCAUAGAUUGUAAAAAUACAUUUGAUACGAGGUUUUACUGUUCAGUAUUUACCGCAUUGUAUAUUAUAUAUUAACAGUAAGAUAAAUUUCAGCAAUAAUAAAAGUUCACUGUUUGAUGAGAAGUAAUUUGGUGUAGUUUCAUAAAAAUGUGUCUGCAUCUCUCUGGUUAAGCACUCUCAUUAAAAAUAAUACAUAUCGAGUCGUUUGUCGACUCGCUUUAACUUGAAUAAUAUCCACAUGAGAAACCCGUCUCGUAACAUAUCUAGCCACAGUGAUACUUUUGUAAUUAUAAAUAUUUUUGUAAAUGUGGUCAUUGAACUGGAACUUGGUAAAAACGAAUUAGUAGAAAACAUUUUGGCAAAGAAUAGUUUUUAUACUUGUGGCGUAGUUGUUAUAGUAUACUCUGAUAAAUUUGUGUUUAGAAAACGCCGUGUCAUUUUUAAUAACUUCUUUUAGAUCCCAAUAUGUACGAAAUCUCAUUUAAUUUUAUUUCUUUUUUAUUAAUCUACUUUCUAAUAAAGAGUUUCCGCCUUAGGGAUGCCGUGGGAAAGUUAAAAGAAUUUCCUAAUUAAAAAAUCUCGCUAAACGCUUUAGCUGCCGUUUGUGUUAAUCCGUUUGAUAAAAGGUCUUAACUCGAGUGGCUGUGGGGCAGCAAAUAAAGGAACUGAAGUGUAAUCUACUAGGUAAUACUCAAAGUGUUUGCAGGCAAUGUUUCUUUAUGUAAAAUGAGUUUAAUGUGUGAUAAUGUGGUCUACUUUUGCUGUGUUAUCGUUUGUAAUACCGUGAACUGGACAUAGAGCAGUGUGCGCAGAAAAGUGUUGAAAUUUGGAUUCAUAACCAAAAACUUAUACUCAGUAUCGUAAUAUGCGUUACUUAGGCUGGGGGAAUUCACUUUUAAACUACUCCUGUUCUAGAAGUUCUGUCUAUGUUAACAAACUACGAAUUAUUUGAGUGACGUGAACUAAGCAUGGAGUAUCUUCGUC